GAGAUAACGCUUUGCACAAUAUGAAAAACACAUUUAUUUUCAUUUUGCAAAUGUGAAUGACGCUUUCAAUAACAAAAUCAUCCAGCCUCCAGCACACUUUGCCGCCACCAAACCAACCGGGGUAUAGAUCGCUAGCACGUGGCCUCCAGCACACUUUGCCGCCACCAAACCUACCGGGGUUUAGAUCACGUUCACGUGGUGUCACUCCCAUCCCUCCGAGGCCCUAUGGACAACUUCCAGGCGAUCUAGGAGCUGGCAGGAGCACGCCCGUUAUUGCACUUUCCGGUGUGAUACCCGUCCCACCGAGGCCCUAUCGACAACUUCGAGCAAACAGGCGCGCGACUUCAGGUGUGAUUCCCAUCCCUCCGAUGCCCUAUGAACAACUUGCAUGCGAUCUAGGAGCAGGAAGGCGCACGCCUUUUAUUGCACCAUCGGGGAGGCCGAGAAGCAGGAUUACCUAUGUCUGUAGAAUUGGGGGCUCUCUGUUUCGAUUCGACAGAAAAAUGACAUGAAAGGGCACUGUACACAAAACGUAUUAAAUUACUGAGUCAAUCAUUUGAAAAUUGUUGAUGAAUAAAUAAUUAUAAGUAUUAAAGUU